ACACGGAGCAGCUCCAGGCUGGGAGCAGGCAGUGAGCAAGCAGGGGUGCUGCGGCUGGAAGGACCUUGGGGGUCUGGGUCCAGCCAGAGUCCUGAGCUCCCCAUGCCCUUGACUUCAUUGUGGGCUUAAGCAAGGAGCACCUGAACUCAGAAUGAACCCUCCUUCAGGGCCAAGAAUGCCGCCGAGCCCAGCCCAGGAGCCCAGCUGUGUGGCCACCCCAGCCCUGGCCAGCAGUGGGGACAGCUCCCAGAACAGUGUCUCCAGCCUGGGCCAGCUGCUGCCCGCCAGCCCCACGGCCACUGGGGCUUGGGCUGCUGCCUGGGUCCCCUUCCCCACGGCCGACGUUCCAGACCACGCCCACUAUACCCUGGGCACGGUGAUCUUGCUGGUGGGACUCACGGGGAUGCUGGGCAACCUGACGGUCAUCUACACCUUCUGCAGGGCAUUGUUGAGGCUAGCUUCCGACUCUCACAGGAGCAGAAGCCUCCGGACGCCUGCCAACAUGUUCGUUAUCAACCUCGCAGUCAGCGACUUCCUCAUGUCCGUCACCCAGGCCCCUGUCUUCUUCGCCAGCAGCCUCUAUAAGCGGUGGCUCUUUGGGGAGGCAGGCUGUGAGUUCUAUGCCUUCUGUGGGGCUCUCUUUGGCAUCUCCUCCAUGAUCACCCUGACGGCCAUCGCCCUGGACCGCUACCUGGUGAUCACGCGCCCAUUGGCCUCUGUCGGCACAGCGUCCAAGAGACGGGCGGGGCUUGUCCUGCUGGGCGUCUGGCUCUAUGCCCUGGCCUGGAGUCUGCCACCCUUCUUUGGCUGGAGCGCCUACGUGCCCGAGGGGCUGCUGACGUCCUGUUCCUGGGACUACAUGACCUUCACGCCGUCCGUCCGCGCCUACACCAUGCUCCUCUGUUGCUUCGUGUUCUUCCUGCCCCUGCUUGUCAUCAUCUACUGCUACAUCUUCAUCUUCAGGGCCAUCCGAGAGACUGGCCGGGCUCUCCAGACUUUUGGGGCCUCCAAGGGCACCAGUGAGUCCCCGCGGCAGCAGCAGCGGCUGCAGAACGAGUGGAAGAUGGCCAAGAUCAUGCUGCUGGUCAUCCUCCUCUUCCCGCUCUCCUGGGCCCCCUACACUGCUGUGGCUCUGGUGGCCUUUGCUGGGUACGCGCACAUCCUGACGCCCUACAUGAACUCGGUGCCGGCUGUCAUCGCCAAGGCCUCUGCCAUCCACAACCCCAUCAUUUACGCCAUCACCCACCCCAAGUACAGGGUGGCCAUCGCCCAGCAUCUGCCCUGCGUGGGGGUGCUGCUGGGUGUGUCACGCCAGCACAGUCGCCCCUACCCCAGCUACCGCUCCACCCACCGCUCCACGCUGAGCAGCCAGGCCUCCGACCUCAGCUGGAUCUCUGGACGGAGGCGCCAGGAGUCGCUGGGCUCUGAGAACGACAUGGGCUGGACAGACAUGGAGGUCGCAGCCGCAUGGGGGGCUGCCCCACGAGUGCGUGGGCGGUGCCCCUAUGGCCAGGGCCCGGAGGACAUGGAAGUCAAGGUCCAGGGACAGGAAGCAGAGACUCCAGGGAAGGUGACUGGGCCCAGUGCCUGCCAAUCUGUAAAGGGGUGGAGGGUGAGGCAAGUAGCCCAGGGAGUGGCCCGAGAGGGGGGCUUGUUCUCGCGGCAGACCCAUGCCCUCUGGGAAUCGCUCCUCCCCACACCUCACAGCUGUCCCUCGCCCACCUGGGGCUCUGUGACUCCAAGACGCUGUGAGCAGGACCUGCGUGUGGUCUGUGAUUGCUCUUGGGUGUGUCCGUGUGUGACUGUGCUAUUGGCUGUGUUGUACCAUGACAAAUGGAUAGCAUGUGUGUAAGCAUGUGUCCAUGGCGGCGUGUGGUCUGCAGCCAGAGGAGCAUAACUCCUGUAUGUGUAUGACCAUGUGCCUCGAAUACCUCUCUGUCACUAUGAUACCCCAGGACAUGUGACGGAGCGUGCCCCAAUGUGUCUGCUCUGAGCUGUGCGUGUGACUGAGUGUGGGUGGUGUGCACCUCUCUGUGUGAUCGGAAAGUUAGACAUACCUGGGGAGAAGGAGGCAGUGAGCUGUGUAUGUGCUCAUCAUGAAUGCCCCAAGAUCAG